UCUUGACCUGGAUAAAUCUUGGAUGUCUCCCACAAUGCACUGCAAGCUUCAUCCACUUCCUCUUUUCGCCAUAUCGCAGACCCGGCAUCAUGGUGCGCAUGAAUGUUCUUGCGGAUGCUCUAAAGAGCAUCAACAAUGCUGAGAAGCGCGGAAAACGCCAGGUCCUCAUCAGGCCCUGCUCCAAGGUCAUUGUGCGCUUCCUCACUGUCAUGAUGAAACACGGUUACAUUGGUGAGUUUGAGAUCAUUGACGACCACAGAGCCGGAAAAAUAGUAGUCAAUCUCACAGGCAGACUGAACAAGUGUGGUGUGAUCAGUCCACGUUUUGAUCUCCAGAUCAAAGACUUGGAGAAGUGGCAGACAAACCUGCUGCCCUCGAGACAGUUCGGGUAUCUUGUGAUGACGACCUCAGCUGGCAUCAUGGACCAUGAAGAGGCCAGACGGAAACACACAGGAGGAAAAAUCCUCGGUUUCUUUUUCUAAAAUACAAAACUGCAAAUAAAAAGUAAUU